CGUGCAUAAAUAUCACAGUGCUCACUCACUCUGAAUCCUCUCUUCCUCCAUAAACCCUAUUUCUUCCUCUUACUCUCACCAAAAACCUUAUCCGUUCGUUUCCCAAACCAAACCAUGUCUACCUCUGCAGCUUCUCUCGCACUUCCCACACUCACUCUCCGAACCAGACAACCUCUGUGUUCCCCGCAAUGCUUCUCCUCCCUCUCCCUCGCCCCCAACUCCAAACCCAUCUCCAUUUCCGCAGUUUUCCUCAAGCCAACAACGUUGUCGUUGUCCUCUCGCUUCGUUCCACGUGUCGCUGUUUCGUCGGAGCUGGAGCAGGAGGAGGACACUUUCAGCGACGGCGACGGCGACAGCGACAGCCCCAGUUUCUCCCCCGACCUUAAGCUCUUCGUCGGAAACCUUCCCUUCAGCGUCGACAGCGCGCAGCUCGCCGAGCUCUUCGAGAGCGCCGGGAAUGUGGAGGUCGUAGAGGUGAUUUAUGAUAAGACCACUGGGAGGAGCAGGGGGUUUGGGUUUGUGACCAUGUCUUCGGUUGAGGAAGUUGAAGCGGCGGCUCAGCAGUUCAAUGGCUAUGAACUGGAGGGAAGGGCGUUGAGAGUGAAUGCUGGGCCACCCCCUUCCCGGAGUGAGAGUUCUCCUCGUUUUAGAGGUUCUUCCGGUCCCAGAGGAGGUGGUGGUGGUUUUUCAGAUAGUGAAAACCGUGUUCAUGUAGGUAAUCUUGCUUGGGGUGUUGACAAUUUAGCACUCGAGUCAUUGUUCCGGGAACAAGGAAAGGUCUUGGAAGCUAGGGUAAUCUAUGACAGGGAAAGUGGACGAUCAAGAGGAUUUGGAUUUGUGACUUACAGUAGCCCUGAUGAGGUCAACAGUGCAAUUCAGUCCUUGGAUGGUGUGGACUUGAAUGGCAGAGCUAUACGAGUCUCAAUGGCAGAUUCUAAGCCCAAGCGGUUUUAAGGUUUUAAUGGUUUAUCUCCUUGAGAGGGGAUUUCGCAGGUAGUUGCGAGUUAUACAGCUGCAAGGUGGUUGACAUUGGCCAACAGUUUGGGGAAAAAAGAUACUUGCAUGCAUUGAGACUACAUGUACACACAAUAUCAAUAUCAGACCCUCUUCGGUCUAGAGGAUACCUGAUCAGUGUCUCUUGAAGUUUAAAUGUAUGCUCCAUGGUUGUCUUUUGAAACUAAUUUGUAGUUCAAAUUUCACUAUAGAAGUAGAUGUCUAAAAUAUUAUUGGUUACCCUGUUACAAAAUCCCUACAUUUUUGUGGAAGAAUUUAUUGUGCCAGGAGAAUUAUCAAUCACAGGUUUAUGUUUUGCUUUAAUUGUUUGGUGGGAAGAGAUUAUGUGAUUUGUGAACCUAGUUCUUGUGAAGAUAUUGUCACAAUUUGAUCUGGGAUUCAUUUUUCCUUCAAAAAGAUCUUUUGUUCGAUUUCUA